AUGAUUUUUUAUUUAAAGCUAUUCUUUUUGUGUUCAAUUGUGUUAUCAGUUGGUUCUGUUAAAAAUGUUAAUUUACAAUUAAACAAUGGACUAAGAUCACUUCAAGAUGAGGAAAUAAUAAGUGUAAUUGUUGAUAAAAAAAAUGAGACAAAAAAUAAUUUAACAUUUGUUGAUUCUUCGAUGAAUAAUUAUACUAUUGAAAAAAAUUAUAAUAAAUUUAAAACUUCAUCGUUUAAUAAUGAACAAAUAAAUGAUCAUUAUGAAAAAUUUGAUAAUUUUGUCAAUCAAGAGAGUGAUCAGUUUUUUAAUGUUGUACCAAUUUUCAAUCCAGCUGCUGGAAAAGUUAGUAAAAUAUGUAGAAAACAGUCAAAUAUUUAUCAUCGAGAAUUGAAGAAAAUGACACUUUGGGCUUUAAAAAUGUUUGAUGCAACUGGUAAAAUACCAUCUGGUUUAUUAAAUGGCAAUGUUAAUCAAUUUGGUGACUUCGAUGAGUGCCUAGGACUCCAGGGUACUCAUGGAAUUCGUGGCAAAUAUUGUCUUGCAUAUUUACAAUUGGAAAUCAUUGAUCAAAGCAGAGAUGAUUUGAAAUAUAUUCAUCGACUUGCACAUUCACAUUAUGCAUUUCGCAGUAAUCUUACUGACCCAGGCCACCGGGUACCACGUUUUGGCUCAAUACAAUUUGCCCUGUGUGUACCAUCAGCAUGUACAACAACGGAUGUUGAGACAUCACUCAGGGCGACAAUUGAUAAAUUUGUUUCAUCAACUAGUCUCAAUGUCAGUGUUAAAGUUGAUCAAGAAAUGUGUCAAGUUCAAAGAUACAAUAAAUAUCCACCUGAGACCCUAAUUGUCGGAUUAUUUUUCAUUGGAAUGGUAAUAUUGACAAUCAUAGCUGGUAUUUGUGAUCACAAUAAUGCUAAUAUCAGUGAAAUUUUACUAGCAUUUUCGAUCAAAAGAAAUUUUAAAAAACUCGUAUCAAUGAAGAGAAUUGAUGGUGAUAUUCCAACACUUCAUGGAGUCAGGGCAAUAAAUGCUUUUAUGCUAAUUAUUGCACACAAAAGCAUGGCAUUAUUUUUUAAUCCCUAUGUUAAUAGAACGGGUAUGAGUGAGUACUUGGGACAAUCUUGGACAGUUAUUGGGAGAGCUGCAAGUCUCUAUACUGAUCCCUUCAUCAUGCUUUCUGGACUUUUAACAUCAUAUUCAUUUGUUGGUAGUCUUAAAAAAAAUAAUUCUAUUAAUAUAAAAAAAGAAUAUUUAUCACGUUUAUUCAGACUUUUGCCAACUCUAGCUGGUCUCAUAUUAUUUUGUACAUUUAUUAUGCCAAAUGUUGGCUCAGGUCCACAAUGGAAUCUUGUUGUAACUCAUCAUGCUGAUAUUUGUAAAAAAACAUGGUGGAGAAGUUUUUUAUUUAUUCAUAAUUAUUAUGGUUUCGAAAAUAUGUGUUUGACACAUACUCAUCAUCUUGGUAUUGACACACAAUUAUUUGCUUUCUCACCAUUGAUGGUUAUUGCACUUUACAACUGGCCCAAACUUGGCACUUUUGUUCUCAUCAUAAUUGCUAUAUUUUCAACAGCAUUGAGAUAUUUUAUCACGUACUACAAACAUCUCAACAAUUACGUCUACUUUGGAACAUCGAUCAGACAGUUAUUUGAUACUGCAAAUCUUUCGUAUAUCCUGCCUUCGCACAGAUUGACUGUAUACAUUAUUGGUAUUUUUAUUGGUUUUACUUUGAGAAAAUUACCUAUUGAUUACAAAAUAAAUAAGACAGUUGUCAAACUCGGCUGGAUUUUAACAACCCUCAUGACACUGACAGCAUUCGUGGCACCAGCUGGAAUGGGAUCAAUAAAUUAUGUUUAUGAUCCAACUCAUGCUGCAACUUAUAACGCAUUUGCUCCAAUUGGUUGGUGUGCACUUUUUGCAUGGGUUGUGUUUCUUUCACAAACUGGCAAUACUCAUGGUUGGUUCAGUCGUUUUUUAUCAUGGAAAGGUUUUCUAAUCAGCACUCGACUGAGUUAUGCAAUUUAUUUAACUCAAUUUCCAGUAUUUUUUUAUAAUGUUGGAAAAACAAGAUCUGCUGAAUACUUUGAUUUCUUCAAAAUGAUGUUUGAUUUCCAUGAAUUUUCAUGGAUCAUUGGAACAUCAGUUAUUCUGACAUUGCUCUUUGACACACCAUUCCAAAAUAUUAAAAAUCAUUUAUUUAAAAAACGUGAAACAACAAAAAUUGAUUAAAUAAAUAAAUUUAAUUAGUUGUAUUGUGAAAUAGAAAUAAUGUUUUGUUUACUGAUUUCGAUUAAUAUAUUUAAAAAUAAUUAAUAACAUUAUAUGUACAAGCAAAAUUAUGAAUAUGUAAUAUUAUCAUAAUUUAGUAUUACAAUUUUUUUGUAUGUUAUAAUAAUAUCUAAAUAGUUUUACUAUUUAAAAUGCAAGAUUAGAAAAUAUUGAGUAAUACGUCUUAAAAAAUAAUAAGUAACAUUAAGGUGUUUUCAAUAGAAAUUAUGUGAAUCACAAAAAACAAAUGGAAAAAAAAAAUAAGUUUAAUUAGAGUAUAAACCGUGAGUUUGUGACAUCGUGAUGUGUUUUAAUAAAGUCCAAAAAAUAAUAAUAAUAAUAUUAAUAACAACGAAAUGCACGACGUCGUUCCGGUUACAAAUAACAACCGAACUAUCUAUAGAAAAUCAGGAAGCAAAUUUCUUAUCAGCUAAACAAUUCACGAAAAUUUGUUCAUUUUUUUUUGUUUUUUUUUCUAGUAGAAUGUUAUAAUUAUAGACUUAUAAUUAAAAAAAAGAAAAAUUGCUCAAAUUUUCUUUUACUA